UAUUAUUCUGUAAAAACACAGUCACAUGAUGUUGAAAGUUUGCUUGAUUAUUUAAGGGGAGUUUUUUUUCUGUUUUAUAGCGAAUGUCAUUCCAUGAUAAUGCCUGGAGUAGACGAUGAUGCAAUUCGGAAUACGGGUGGCCAAGUUGACGACUUGGCCAUGGCCAUGAUUGAUGCUGCCUACGACAGGGAAGCAGAUUGCAGGGACCAGAUUUGUGAUGCUUUGUUUGACCUGGGAAAAAAGAGGCCAGCACUUGUCUUAAGCUCUGCAUAUUCUUACCUAAAGAAGCACAACAAACUUCAAACUGGCCACAGAGUCGUGUUGUUACAAUGUAUGGAAAGGAUAAUAAAGGAGACACUGAGCGAGUUGGAUCCACCGUUAGCUAUAGAUGUCAUAAAACAAGCUGCUAUGGAACUGACUGUAUCAAAGGAAGUAAUGCCAGAAUGGCAAACAGCUGCAAGUGGUGUCCUGGUUUCCUUGGGAGCCAGAUUUUGUGAUGAAGUUAUGGAUGAAAUGUUACAAAGAUUUCAACCAGGAAUUUUACCUCAUUUCUUUGUGAUUCAAACCAUAGGAAACUUAGCCACAUCUAAUGUGUAUGGAAUGGUUCCACAUUUGACUGCAGUGUUAGGAACAAUGUUACCCAUGUUAGGGAUGGCCAAACAUGAAAAUAUGAGAUGGGUAUUUUCAUCAGCAAUAUCAAAAUUUAGUGAGGCAAUCAUAGACUAUUGUGCCAACACUGACAAGGCCCCAGACCCCUCAGUAUCAAAGGAAAGAUUUGAACAGGAAAUAGGAUCAGCCUUUGAUGUAUUGUUUAACUCCUGGUUACAUAUCACUAAGGAAAUGAAGUUAAGAGUAGCUAUUGUUGAAGCUAUAGGAAACAUGUGCCAUUUAAUGGCCAGAGAUAAACUGGAGGAACAAUUACCAAAAAUUCUACAGGUUAUUUUAGGAUUGUACAAAAAGCAUCCAGAACCUAUCCAUGUUACCCAGGGAUUGUGCAGUGUAUUAGAUGCAGUUUGUAUAGAAGGGAAUACAGUGUUAGAACCAAACCUGGAUACAGUUUUAGGAUUUCUUUUCCCACAAAUCAUUAAUCCACCAGACUACAAAAACCCACAAAGCAUAAAGAAUCAUAAUGAAGUUCUUAGAUGUUUGGCUAUUAUAGCCAGGUCAUUUUCUGGUAAAUUGACUGGAAUUUUAUUAUCAAAGCUAGAGAGUGGAAAUGAGAAGAUGAAAAUAGGAAUGCUAACAGUGUUCAAACAUCUUAUAAAUGCUGCAACGGAAUCCAUGCAAGAUAAACAGGAAGUAGUUGUGUCUGGUCUCAAAAUGAUGCUCAGUGAACAGAAUAACAAGCUGAAGAAAGUAUUUGCCCAGGUUGUAAUUGCCAUGGCACAUCAUGGUUAUCUAGAACUCGAAGGAGGACAACAAAUGAUAGAGUUCAUCAUAAAACAGUCGGCACUCAAAAAUGAUCCUCCAGGUAAAAAGUCCCCCGAUCCAGAGUAUGUGUCUAACCAAGCGUUACGUACUAUGUGUGACCAUGUUCUACAGUUGUUGACAACCACAGUGGAGGAUAUGGAACAUGUUUUAUGGCCAUAUUUGUUAGAAUUAAUUAUCCCUGAACAAUAUACAGAAGCUCAAGGAGUAGUAUGUAAAUGUUUGUCUCACUUGGCUACUAAGAAAAGGAAGGAACAAACAGAAGAUUAUGAGAUAGAUUUUGAAACUCAAGCUAAUAUUCCCAAACCUGAAGCUUUGAUAGCUAGACUGAUGGUACUAGCAGGACGACCACAAAAUGGUAGAAACAGAGGGAUACAUGUACUCACAUUGAUGCAGGGACUGGUUCCUAAUUUAAAUGAAAAUCUGGUAGAGCUAUGGGACACGGUUAUACCUAAACUAAUCCAGUAUUUGGAAGAUGCCGGUAAAGAAGAUACCUGGAACCAGAAGAAUUGGGAGGAUUUGUCUCUCAAGUUACUAAGUAAAAGUUUAGAUGUAGUAGACAAUGAAGAAUGGAUAGCUGAGCUUGGAGAAGUAUUUGGACAACAGAUACCUAUGUAUAAUAACUAUCCUGACGAAAAGAAUUUUAUGUAUAAAUGUCUUGGUGUGAUUACAAGAAAAUCAACAAAGAAAGAUUUUGUAGGAAAACAUUUGGAUUUGAUAUUUGGAUCAGUGAAACAUACAGAUCAAACAGAGAGAGAGGGCUGUGCUAUAGCUAUGGGAUUCUGUGCUGCUUCACAUUUAGAUGCUGUACUUUCCAAAUUAGAAUCAGUCGCUAAAACAGAACUUCAGCAGAAAUCAUCAGGGUUGUUCAGUUUUAUGAAGAUAGGGUUUGCUGCAAAUAAGGGUGAGAAGUCUGAAGUUGAUAUUGAAAGGACAAAAGCUACAUUGAUGCUGUGUUAUGGGUUUGUAGCCUUGUUUUCUCCAGUAUCUCUCAUUGUGUCAAGAAUGGAAGCUACAAUCCUUAGAAGUAUUCAGCCAUACUUUGCCAAUGUAAAGGAUGCCCACAAUCUAGAACUUAGACGAUGUUUAAUCAGGACAAUUGAAUUAAUUGGAAAAGCUUUUGAUCCUAAGAUAAUGAAGAAAUCACAUACAUUCAUACCAAAGCAAAAAUUCAUUUCGUCAGUUAAGGAUACAUCAGUAAAACAAAACCUAAUUCGCACGCUCGACUUGAUUGGUGAUGCGUUACAUCCAGACCAUCUUAAAACAACAUAUAAUUUUAGUAACCGUGGCGAGUUUAUUACUCAUCUUCAGAGUUAUAUGCAGAUGGAGAGUACAACAUCAUUAACCAAUGAAACAAGAGCUUUAGCAAUGAAUGCUUGUUCAACUUUAGUUAAACUGGAUCCCCGUUUAAAUGAGGCAGAAGAACUUGAUCUUGUGAAAACCAGUAUAGACUGUAUUUAUCCACUGCCACCUGGUGGUCUACCGGUAUCAAAGAAGGCGAAGGAAGAAUCAUAUGACAAGACGUUAGAAGCUGAAGUGCUGAUGUCAGCAACGUUUGAUGCUUUACAUGACUUACUCAAAGAAAUACUCCUCAAAGAUCUCACUCCUAAUGGCCUCAAUACUAUAUUCAAGCAACUGAGUAAAUGGUUUCUUUCUAUUGAAGAGUAUGAGCGAGAAAGGAGUUUAACAACACUUCUUAUUGUAGAAAACUUUUUGUUAGAAAAUAUGGAACCAAGUUCAAAUAAUAUAACAGAUUUUCCCACUGAAUGUGUCAUCCUUGCCAAGUUAGUCCCAAGAUGUACAGAUCCCAAUAUAAGAGUUAGACAGAUGGCUAUGGACUGUGUUCAGUGUACACUUAGGAUUGCUUCAAAAAUAGCAGGUAAUUCAAUGGACCAGCCAGACCAGAUGAUUGAUGCUCUGUGUACACUUAAAGAACGGCUAGAGAAAGAUGAUCCAAAUGUUUUAUUCAGUGUCAUAAACGAUCUUGCCAAGGUAAUUGCUAAAAAGUUACCAAGUGGUCAACUGAUAGAGUUUUUAGAUGUUUUACAAGAAGGGCUAUUAGAUCCACAGUCACACAGUUCAUCUGGGGCUUGUGUUGUACUUAAUGGCAUCCUUAAAGCUAGAGGAAAUGAAGUAUCAAAACAGGUUUCUACCAUAAUUGGUUAUCUUCAUGACAAGUUGGGUCAGAUUGAGUUUGAUCAGACCAGAACUGGUACACUAAGAUCUGUUAGAACAUUGUCGUCACAUCAUCUCACAAAUGUAUUAAAGGCUUUACUGAGUUAUCCAUUACCCUAUGAUAGCAAUAUAGUAGCAAUAUGGCAGAUUCUAUCCCAGGAUGCAAUGUUAACAUCUGGUUUCACUGAUCAGAUGUUGGACAUGCUUUCCAGACAAUUACCAUAUGAAGAAAAGAAAGAUGGAGACAGAACAAUCAAAAUUGCUACACAACAACCAUUAGCUGUGACUUGUGCUUUAAAAAUUAUAUUUGAUGUUGAAGAAUCUGAGGAGGUGGUAAAGAAGAAUUACCACAGAUUCUUUUCUUCUCUCCUUAUAAGAAUUGGUUCUUCUAUUGAUUGUAAGCCGCCGAAACCUGUUGUGGAGGAAAGAGAAAGUAAACCAAAAGAAAAGAAGAAAUCUGUUCCACCUCCAUCAUCUAAGGUUCCAGUUCCUAGUCUGGCAGCUGUAGAGGCAUUUAAGUCAUUUCUACAGAGGUCAAAGUCAGAGGACAUUAUAGAGGGACUUGACAAAGAAGAUUGCUGGGAAAUGUUUGAAGAUGAAGAAAGAUAUCCAGAAAGUGUCACCAUAUUAUGCAGAUAUUUAGUAGAAAGUGCCGUAGGAGGACCCUACAUAUCAAAGAUAGUUACAUCUCUUGCCUCAGGCUUGUCAAGUUUGUAUGACCCUCAGAGAGUUACAGUGGCUGCUUUCUUUUCAGAGUUGAUAAAUCUGAAAUGUGCUGGUAAUGAUGACAUGAUAGAAAUGGUAAUGAACAGUUUACUAGGAAGACUUGUAGAUUCUUCUCACAUGGUUAGAAUGUUGUGUAUCAGAGGGCUGGGAAAUGUGGCCAGUAAUGAGAAACAACAGGUACAGCAAUACUCCACGACAGUUCUAUCAGCUAUGAUGGCCGGUAUGGAUGAUAAAGAAGACCCCGAGGACCUUAUCACCACGGAGGCCAUGUCUGGACUGUCUAAGAUUCUGUCAGAGAUAGAUGAGAGUCAUAUCAGAGCAAUACUCAUUAAUGUCUCACUCAGAAUUAGACCCUGCUUUGAAAAGGAUCGACCAGCAGUUCGAGCUCAGGCAUUUAUUUUGUUUGGUAAUUUAUCAAGGUUUGGAGAUGGCCCAUCUAAAGCUCCAUUUUUAGAACAAAUACACAGUAACUUUGUUAGUUUAUUACUGCAUCUAAAUGAUCCAGAACAGGAAGUAAAAAAGGCUUGCAAGUUUUCUUUGCGUCUCUUAGGACCAUUGCUAGAGUCAGAGGCUAUAAAUAAUAAGUUCCAGAAAUAUUUACUGGAAGAUGCUAACCUGAUAUACGGAGAGUUUAUGAAUGAUUUAGCAAAAUGUAUUAUACAAGACUUCCCAGACAAAGUGAAUUUCUACGUUAUGGGCUGUAUAUCGUUCUAUAAAAGUAUGUGGUCAGAUAUUAAGUGUAAUGCAGCAUUAUUUACAGGGUAUUUACUGGGGAAUUUACAACAUGACAAACAGGUGUCCAUAUCAAAAGAACAUGUCUGUGCAGCUCUUAUUAUUCUGUUAAAAGACCAAUCACCCAGUGUUAGAGCUGCAGCAGCUGAAGCCAUGAGCUUACUUUAUGAAUAUUAAGACUUUAUAAAUACUGAAACGCUAACUUUAUAAAUAGGUAAUGUGCAAUACCUCUGCUUAAAACUUUUGUAUGACAAUGACAUUGUAAUAUAAUACUCGUCUGCCUAUGAGGUGUACAUUGGGUGAUAAUGUCUAUUUCUAUUACUGUGGAAUUAUUAUUAUUAUUGGGAUACCAAUUUUGGUUGAUUUCUUGGGUGAAGGUCAACCAAAAAUGAUAAAGUUCAACAAAGUUCAAUUUUUCAAUUUGCUUGUGUGCAGAAUUAUGCAAAGCAAUGAAAUCAAAUAUCCAUGAAAAUACAUGUUUUUAAAAAAAAUUAGUAAUCACCAGAAUAAGUGAAUCCACAGUAUUUUGUAUCCAUAGGUGAUAAUAGCAAUUCCAAUUUAUAUAUUAUAUGUAUUCAUUUGUGAUAAUGUAAUUCCAUUAAAUGUAUAUUUGUUGGUGUUAAUAUGAUGUAUAACUACUGGUGACAAGUAAAAAUUCUUAUUAUACAUUAUAUGGUAAACAAUCAUUUAUUAUAAAGUAUAUCUGUAGAGGAAUCUGUUAUGCUGGUGUGAAAACUGUUAUGAGUGAUGAAGUUUGCAAAAUAUGAUUAAUCAUGGCUUUAUAAUGAUUACUAAUAUGAAUUGUAUAUUCUUUGUGUUAAAUCAAUUCAUAAUCAUUCCAUUAAAUAGACAUUUUAGAGCUAUGCAACCAUAAUAGUUGGUAAAUGCCAAAAUUUUCUUAAAGGAUUACAAUAAAAUCUGUUUAGUUAGUUGAUAAGGAUGCUUAUCAUCCUAAACAUUAACUUAUUAAAUGUGUCACAGAGUUCUCUUUAAAAACCCUUACUUUUGAACAUUAAAGAUAAACCAACAUCUGCUGUCAUCAGCUGGAAAUACCUGCUAUAAAUUCACAAUUACAGGUUUUAAAAAACAUAUUUGCCAUGUAAAUACUGAUAUGCUGCUUUAUUCAGUUUUGUUGUGUAAUAAUAAGGAGAAAACUGCAUCAUAUUUUAAGCUUGGUUUAAGUUAAAUUUAGGUUUACUGUGUAGCAGUGUUUCAGAGCUACGUACAUGUGAAACUAAAUAUAAAGCAAAUAGCUUCAACACAAAACUUCAGAAAAUAUAUAUUGAUGUAUUCUGCUGUGCUAUCUGAAGAGUAUUAGGAUAUAUAAUUCUUAAGGUAACACAAUUGGCCUUGCUUAUUACAACUAAGGAAAUGGGAAAAUGCAACCACACAUGUUCAAUUUAUUUGAAUGCCUCUAAUCCCUCAUUGGAUUAUUUUCGGAGAAGCCCUUAUAAAAAUGUAAAAGUUACUUGUGCUUUUAUGUUAUGCAUUAACUGUGCAUGUAGGGUAUUAAAGGCCUCUUAAAGUAAUUAGAUUUUUCUCUACAUGUUAAUCUGGUGGUUUUGAUAUAUUAAAAUGAUGUGACGAAACAGGCAUUAAACACCAAUAUCUAUUAUAUAUCGAUGAUCAAAUUCCACAUUUUAAUAAUAAUUAUGUAAUGUAUAAAGCAGAACAACCCCUUUGUCUGGUUGUUUUAAUAUGAAUAUAUGCAUUCAAAAAAUAACCAUAAAAAGUAUAAAUAGUACGGUAUUGAACUUUCCUUUUGUGUUGCUUUGUUAAUAUACAUUUAUUUAUUGUAAUGAUUUGGUGCACCUCCGGUAGAUGACUGGAUCAUGCUUAUAUAAUGUUACUUGUUUUAUUUAUGGCUAUAAUAUUUUAUAUGUAACAAUCAAAUUGUUUUGUUAAUUUAUUUUUUUAGAAAAUGAUUAAAUGAUAUAAUA